UACUUUAAAAUGACUAAAACCAAAUGGAAACCUACAUUCAUACAGUUUCUUCACUGUGUCCAGCUCACUAAUAAUUACCUAAAUGGAAGCUAGACAGUCAGGAAGCAUCGAAAAUUCCAAAAAGAAGCAAUUUUUUUGCACAUUUUGAUGGCGAGGAAAUAUAACCAAUUUUCAGUGCGGCCCUCCCGACCUCGUUGAAGACCGAAUGCGGCUCCCGGAGCAAAUAGAGUUUGACACCUCUGCUAUAACACGUUAUACCAACUAACGAAUAACAGUAGCUAGAAUUCAAUUUUUUUGCUGCCAUGAGUUGUAGCCUAUGAUUGCUGAGCAGUAUACCGAUGAAUGAAUAUCCACAGUCAAUCAGCGAGCGACUCAGCUAGAGAGCAUUGUGCUGUGUGCGGAGUGUUUAGAUCUCCAUGCGGAUGUGACAUUUCAGAGAAGAGCGCGACCGCCAUUUUGAGUUUUACCUCAAACUCAACAUCACAAACCAAGGGAGCGGGUGAGAAGCUCUGGCUGUGACCGGGCACAUUUCUUCAUUGAACACACGUUUGAAAUGCGACAAGGUGCAGAUUUUUGUUGCUAAUAGUAAUACGGUGGUUUAAUGUGUUGGAAAGUCGAUAUCGGGCUGUGGCAUCGCUAUCACCCUAAACUUCUAAAUUAGUGCGAUUCCAAAUUAGAAGCAGGUUUGAAUGGAUAGCUUUUUUCUCUACUCUCCCCCAGACGAGGGACAAUCGGAGGAGCACACGGACUGGGAAUAUCGAAGGGAAAGUUGUAUUUCAGUGUGUAUCGAUAGUUUAUGAACCUUUGUUUUCCCUGUUUGACUAAUUUCGUUAGUUGGCUGCAUUGUGCCAGUUGGCUUUAAAACAGGGUAACAGUAUUGGUUUCUCCGGCUCUAGGUCGUGAGUUGUCUCUCACUUCGCCAAUUGCUCCAUAUUAACAGUUCCUGGGGUAAAGUCGAAUUUAUUUAAUUCAACGGGUCUCCCUUUUUGGAGCCGUAGUCACCACCACAGUCAGCGACUUGCACCCAUCAAGGCGCCGAGAUUGGGCGAAUAGCAAGCAAAUACGUCCGCGUUUCUCUGCCUGCGCCCCCUCCGACCUCCCCCCCUCAAUCCCCGGCGCUGACGGGAGAAAAGGCCGAGGUUGUUUUAGAACAGGCCCAGGCACCAAGGCUCGACCUGUCUACCCCACCUCCGCACCUUCAAACACCUCACCAACAACCCAGAAACCGGCUCCCCACGGAACCAGCAACAGACAAGUUCGAGGGGAACAAAGACAACAGGCAUCAUCCCAUCACAACAGUUGCCAACAUGAACCACCACCACACUCAGCAACAACAGCAGAAAGCCGGCGAGCAACAACUUAGCGAGCCCGAGGAUAUGGAGAUGGAAGCUGGGGACACAGACGACCCCCUGAGAAUCCCAGCCAACCCGGUGAUCAACGGGAACGUUGCCAUGGCAGACGGACACAACACAGAGGAGGAUAUGGAGGAUGACACCAGCUGGCGGUCGGAGGCGACGUGCCGUUUUGUGGUGGAGAGGUUCAGCCGGCUGAGUGAGUCUGUUCUCAGCCCGUCCUGCUUCGUCAGGAACCUGCCCUGGAAGAUCAUGGUGAUGCCUCGCUUCUACCCGGACCGGCCGCACCAGAAGAGUGUUGGCUUCUUCCUGCAGUGCAACGCAGACUCCGACUCCACGUCGUGGUCGUGCCAUGCUCAGGCCAUGCUAAAGAUCAUCAACUAUAAGGAGGAUGAGAAGUCGUUCAGCCGCAGAAUCAGCCACCUCUUCUUCCACAAGGAGAACGACUGGGGCUUCUCUAACUUCAUGUCCUGGAGCGAUGUGACUGAUCCAGAGAGAGGCUUUGUGGAGGAUGAUAAAGUCUCCUUUGAAGUCUACGUACAGGCGGACGCUCCCCACGGAGUGGCGUGGGACUCUAAGAAACACACCGGCUACGUGGGCCUGAAGAACCAGGGAGCUACAUGCUAUAUGAACAGCCUCCUACAGACCCUGUUCUUCACCAACCAGCUACGGAGGGCGGUGUACAUGAUGCCUACAGAGGGAGACGACUCGUCUAAGAGUGUUCCGCUGGCUCUACAGAGGGUUUUCUAUGAGCUGCAACACAGCGACAAGCCCGUCGGCACCAAGAAACUCACCAAGUCCUUUGGGUGGGAGACAUUAGACAGCUUCAUGCAACACGACGUUCAGGAGCUCUGCCGAGUGCUCCUGGACAACGUUGAGAACAAAAUGAAAGGCACCUGCGUGGAGGGAACCAUCCCCAAACUGUUCAGAGGGAAGAUGGUGUCCUAUAUCCAGUGUAAGCACGUUGACUACCGGUCAGAGCGGAUAGAGGAUUACUACGACAUCCAGCUCAGUAUCAAAGGAAAGAAAAACAUCUUUGAGUCCUUUAAGGAUUAUGUAGCUGUGGAGCAGCUUGACGGAGACAACAAAUACGACGCAGGAGAACACGGCCUGCAGGAAGCGGAGAAGGGGGUGAAGUUCCUGACUUUCCCUCCCAUCCUGCACCUGCAGCUGAUGAGGUUCAUGUACGACCCUCAGACCGACCAAAACAUCAAGAUCAACGACAGGUUUGAGUUUCCUGAGCAGCUUCCCCUGGAUGAGUUCCUCCAGAAGACUGACUCUAAGGACCCGGCCAACUACAUCCUGCAUGCCGUGCUGGUACACAGCGGUGACAACCACGGAGGACACUACGUCGUCUACCUCAACCCCAAAGGAGACGGCAAAGUCAGCGUCAAGGAACCCAUCUGGUGUAAGUUUGAUGAUGACGUGGUGUCACGGUGCACCAAGGAGGAGGCCAUUGAACACAACUAUGGUGGCCAUGACGAUGACCUAUCAGUACGUCACUGUACCAACGCUUACAUGCUGGUGUACAUCCGCGAGUCUAAACUCAGUGAGGUGCUGCUGGCGGUGAACGACGUGGACAUCCCCCAACAGCUGGUGGAGAGGCUUCAGGAGGAGAAGAGGGUGGAGGCGCAGAAGAGGAAGGAGCGUCAGGAGGCCCAUCUCUACAUGCAGGUCCAGAUUGUGACAGAGGACCAGUUCUGUGGUCACCAGGGUAAUGACAUGUAUGAUGAGGAGAAGGUGAAGUACACGGUCUUCAAGGUCCUGAAGAGCUCCACGCUGCAGGAGUUUGUCCAGAAUCUCUCCCAGACUAUGGGUUUCCCACAGGACCAGAUGAGGCUGUGGCCCAUGCAGGCCCGGAGUAAUGGCACCAAGAGACCUGCCAUGCUGGACUAUGAGGCAGACUGCAACAAGUCUAUGAUAGACUUGAGUGACAAUGAGAACCCCUGGACUAUAUUUCUGGAGACGGUGGAUCCUGAGAUGGCCGCCAGCGGCGCAACGUUACCCAAGUUUGACAAAGACCACGACGUCAUGUUGUUCUUGAAGAUGUAUGAUCCAAAAAGCAGAAGCUUAAAUUAUUGUGGACAUAUCUACACAGCUAUCUCCUGUAAAAUACGAGACCUGUUGCCCGUCAUGUGUGAGAGAGCAGGGUUUCAACAGGAGACUAACCUUAUCCUCUAUGAGGAAGUGAAGCCUAAUUUAACAGAGCGGAUACAGGACUACGACGUGUCACUGGACAAGGCCCUGGACGAACUCAUGGACGGAGAUAUCAUAGUCUUCCAGAAAGACGACCCAGAGAACGACAGCAGUGAGCUGCCUACAGCCAAAGACUACUUUCGAGACCUCUACCACAGAGUGGACGUCAUCUUCUGUGACAAGACCAUCCACAACGACCCCGGCUUCGUCGUCACACUCUCCAACAGGAUGAACUACUUCCAGGUGGCGAAGACGGUGGCUCAGAGGUUGAACACAGAUCCCAUGCUCCUUCAGUUCUUCAAAUCCCAGGGGUACAGAGACGGACCUGGGAAUCCUCUCAGACACAACUAUGAAGGAACUCUCCGAGAUCUGCUGCAGUUCUUCAAACCACGUCAGCCCAAGAAACUAUACUACCAACAGUUGAAGAUGAAGAUCACAGACUUUGAGAACAGGAGGAGCUUCAAGUCCAUAUGGCUCAACAGCCUGUACAGAGAGGAGGAGAUCACUCUCUACCCAGAUAAACACGGCUGUGUCCGGGACCUGCUGGAGGAAUGUAAAAAAGCUGUGGAGCUCUCCGACAAAGGCUCAGAGAAGCUCCGGCUGUUGGAGAUAGUAAGCUAUAAGAUCAUCGGGGUUCACCAGGAGGACGAGCUGUUAGAAUGUUUAUCUCCCGCUGCCAGCCGUACCUUCAGAAUAGAGGAACUUCCUCUGGACCAGGUGGACCUGGAUAAAGACACUGAGAUGUUGAUUCCCGUCGCACAUUUCCACAAGGAGGUCUUUGGAACGUUCGGUAUCCCUUUCCUGCUGAAGAUCAGACAGGGUGAGCCGUUCAGGGACGUGAUGAGGAGGAUUCAGAGCAUGCUGGAAAUCCAGGAGAAAGAGUUUGAGAAGUUCAAGUUUGCGAUAGUGAUGAUGGGCCGGCAUCAGUACAUCACUGAGGAUGAGUACGAGGUCAACCUGAAAGACUUCCAGCCACAGCCAGGUAACAUGUCCCACCCUCGACCCUGGUUAGGCCUGGACCACUUCAACAAAGCCCCGAAGAGAGGGCGCUACACCUACCUGGAGAAAGCUAUCAAGAUCCACAACUGAGCACCCCUCCCUCCCUCUCUCCUCCUCCUCUCUCUCCUCCCUCCUCUUCCUCCUCCUUAACCCACCAUAACCACAGACUGUAACCAACCAAGUGUGUGUCCUCCAGCUCUAACCCCCCUACAGACAGACACUGUGAUGUCUCUGUCACAUGGAUCCAUCCAUCCAUUAGCAGGCUGCUGCUGAUGAUGAUGAUGAAACUAUACCACCUCUUCCUCCUAAACCCCUCUCUCCUCCCCCACACCACCACCA